AUGGAUCCAGGGCUCGAUGACGAUCUGUUCCCAGCGAAUAAGUACUGCCCUCUAUGUGGGGUGGUUCUCCUGUGCGAAGAACUGGAAGACGACCCCGAGACCCGGCGUCCCUGGUACGCCGAAGUACGCGGUGUGGCCAAGGAAAAUUUCAGCGACAUUUUCAUGACAGGCGUCGGUUUUAUGAGCGCCCGCGAGACUCUCUGUGCGCCGUUAGAUGAAGAGUUGGACUAUCUCACCGCCGACGAGGAAGCGCUAUACGAUGUAGAUUUACUGCAAGCGGAAUCAGAAAGGCACGGCUUUGGUCUUCAUGAUUCCUGCUGGAUGCUGCUGCAGGAUCGUCUGUGGCAUACGAUUGACUCGGAUAAAAUUGCACAUUCUCUGUAUAACCAGUUCUACUGCACCCCAUGUCCAUACCGAUCUAGUCUCUCCUUUGGCCAUGAUUAUGGGGGUGCUAAGCGAUGGCAACGGGCGUUGGAUGACAUGGGCAUGCCAGAGGACAUGCCACCUCUCUUACAGACAGAUCCCUAUGCUAUUCCCCUAUUGGAAAAGCUGGAGGAGAACGCACCUGAUGUGGAUGGUAGACGAGAAUCUCCCCCGGCGUACAAUACGACAUCUACUGACAUCAAUACUGGCUACCGUAACUCCUUCGGCCGGCUGUCUUCAGAACUAUUAUAUGAAGUUGUAUCAUACUUAUCGGUGCCUGAGCUGCUUGACCUGAGAUGUACAAGUCAAGAGCUUUCGCAGCGCCUGGUAUUCUCGAGUCUACCACAGUCUUUUUGGAAGAGCCAGUUUGCUCGAGGCUCCAGCAUGGAUUUCCUAUUCCCUGAUCUCGAACAGUCACGCGAUUGGUUCCGUUUAUAUCGCGGUACAUUGUCUAUCCUUCAGGCCAAAGAUCAAUCGCCUGAACAGCUCUCCCUGCUCAACCGCAAGAGAAUCCGUGAGCUCCUGGAACCGAUAGCAUCGGUAGUAGAAGCGGACAGUGGACGGUCGAAAGAACCUCGCGGGCGCCGGGCGAACUGCAUGGAGUUAAGACCUGGGCAAUGGUUCGUGUCCGAGGGGUUAAACCAAUGGCGCGCUGAAAAUAUCUAUACGGGAUAUCUAACCCUGGAAACAGAGUACCUUCCACAUGGAUGUCAUGUCCCUCGCUACCGGAUCGGCGCGUUCCCACAGUCUAUGCCGCGUGGUGGAGAAAUGAAAAUAUCAACUGUGCAGCUAGGUGCACGAGUAUUUAUUUCCGGCAUCAGUCUUCAAGAAGGGGCCGUCGGAUAUGGUGGUUUGACCGGCCUGGUAACGAUCAAGGUGCCCCCUCGCGCCACAUUCAAUCAGAUUGAAGUCGCAUUUUGUCCAGAAGGCCUGCGGGGGAUCCGCUUUCAUUUUGGCGGAAACACUACAUCUGACUGGGUCGGGGAUACACUGGAUAAGGACAUGAGCUAUGGUGUCCUUCGAAUUCCUCAUUCGCCCUGCGGGAAAUAUCAUAUUUUCGCUGGCACUGAUGUAAGCACUUCUUCUACCACUACUGAUUCCAUGACUAACGCGUGCAAGGCACAUAAAAUAACUGCUAUUGGAACCAUUCAUAACGAGUCGCGGGAAGAGAGAUCUAGCAAGCCCUUCUGGCUGGAUUAUCCUCUAGAUCUUACUCUCCCUGAUUCAUAUUUGUGGCAGUCUGAACGACCCAGCUAUGAUAAUCUACGGAUUUAUCAAUUCCCAACCGAAAAUCUAGGGACGCCCUAUCGCCCCUUGAUGAAUAUCGACUUUGGAGGGCCUAAUGGCGAGUGGCUUGAUUCCCUCCUCAGCAUGGAGGUGCAUGUCUCAUCAGAGUUCUCUCCGAUCCUAGGAAUGACAUUCAAUUACUCCGACAAGACCUUGCGGUUCGGCGAAUGUACUUCAGACAAGAAAUUGACCUUUUCAAUUGAUGGGCCAGGUGGGGAACGGAUCACCGACGUUGUAGGAAGUCACCACAAACCGGAACCGAGAAAUGGAGUUCCAGCCUGGCGAUCCAUUCGACGGCUCCGGCAGCCCAACGAUAGUUUGUCCAAAUAG